AUGACGCACGCUCGUGAAGGCACCGGAAGGCUCUACGUGUGGGCAGAGCCCCCAGCAGAUGGCAGUCACCGGGGAACUUCCAUCAUCAGAACCAGUGGAAAGACUGGGCCCCUGUCCCACGGCCUCCGGUCUGGGACGCCCUCCUGUAGCCAGGCCCUCAACCGUCAGUCCUCCUCUGAUGCUGGGCUGCUCUGGGACACUCAUGUCCACCCACCCCAGCUGGGGCACCUCAUCUGCUUUGGGUCUCGGGUGUUUCUUCUUCCAGAGCCGCAGACAGGUUUCUUAGGUGGGGUCAGAACCUGGACAUGCCUGGACCACCAGGAACCAAGAAGUUUCCAACCCCAGCCCGAUCUGGCUCCACCCGGUGCAAGACAGCAGGGUGUCCCCGUCACCAACCAGGUCAAGAAAAGAGCUGAGGUGGUGGGGAUCAGCAAUCUGGUGACCCGGGAAAAGUGUGGGAAAACCGUUAGCAAGAAGUCAAACCUCAGGAUAUAUCAGGGUACUUACACAGGUGAGAAACCAUAUGAAUGUAAAGAAUGUAGGAAAACUUUCUACCCAAAAUGUGGGAAACUGUUUCACUGCAAUUCAGUCCUCACUGUACAUCAGAGAACUCACACAGGAGAAAACCCCUAUGCAUGUAAAGAAUGUGGGAACUUACUUCACUGGAAGUCAGUUCACACUGAACAUUAG